AUGUCUUACAGGUUGCCAGUUAUUGAUAAUGUCUAUGUAGAUACAAAGCUUGUAGACAGUUUAUCAGUUAACUCUCCCUGUAUUUUACAGCAGCCGCAGCAGGCAGCUCAAGGCCACCAACCACACCAGAACCAGCGUGUGCUGCACAACCCUAACCUGGGCAAGGAGCGUGAUCAUAUCAAAGAGCAUCUUGAGGUGCCUAUUGACACAGCAGGCAUGUCUGAGCAGGAGCUGCAGUACCACUAUUUCAAGAUGCACGAUGCUGACAACAACAAUAAGCUUGACGGGCAGGAGCUGAUCAAGUCGCUAUUCCAUUGGCAUGACUCAGCCAACCAUGACCCAGGCAAGUCCGCCAGCCACCCAGAGGCCAAGCUCUUCACUGAUGAUGAGCUUGUAGCCAUGAUUGAUCCAAUUCUUGAACAGGACGACCGCAAUCGGGAUGGAUACAUAGACUACCCAGAAUUUGUGCAAGCACAGCGUAAUGCAGCAGCUGCAUCUGCAUCAACAGGAACUAAUAACGUGUAAUUUAUUAGAGGGUACUUUCUGUUUUUUUCUUUCUCUCCUUUUUUUUUUCUGAAGUCAUUGAUGAUCGUGACAGAAUGCAGAUUGG